GCUCAUCGCGUUCAUUUUUAUCUGGAAACUUAAUUGUCAUUGUUUAGUUUGGUAUCAGUUCAAAACAGCAAGUACUCUCAGCAGAAACGAAGACAAAGUUGAAGGCAAGCUGCGAUAAGCGCGCUGAACAUGUUUCGCUUCAAACUGCUGGUAAUCAAUGUCCUGAUCACGUGGAACGCAUUUGUCUCUCCUGAAAUUAAGUAUCUUGACAGAUUGUGGACAUUCAAACAGGUUAUGAUCCUGGCUCGUGUAGCACGAAGGAACGGGGUUUGUUAAAAUUGAUAAAGGAUCGUUCAAACAAUGAUAAACUACUAAUUUGCGUCGAACAAAAUGGAAUUUAUGCCUGGAAGACAACGGACGGUAAUGUUUCCGGUGUAAUGUAUCAUAAAAGUUCUGGAAUAUUCUCUUAAAUGUUCUCUUUUUUGUGCCGUGUCUUUUUUGAUCAGCUACAGAGAACAUUUAUUUUCAUUCCAGGUUCCAGUCCAUGUGGGGAAUAUUUCAAUCCCGGCUACGACUGCACGGACAUUCUGAACAAGAAUUUCGAGUCUCGUGAUGGUUUUUAUUGGAUAAAUUUGAAUCAAGGCGCUCCAAAAAGGGUCUAUUGUGAUAUGACAACAGAUGGAGGGGGAUUUGCGCUCAUUGGUAAACUCGACAGUUCUGAAACAUGGAAAGUUCCAUCCAAAAACAAAACAGUUGAUCCAUUUGGUGAAUCUCAGUGGUCCAGUGAGCUCGGUGACGCUCCAGUUCUUGAUUUCAGAAUACAAAUAUCGACAACGGACAACUUAUCUAAGAAAAAUGCUCACUGGUCCUACAGACUGCGAAAUAUACGUCCUCUUAAAAAUAUCAUGGUUGUUAAUCAGGGAGGGUGUGAUGCGUCAUCACCAGGCAUUGGUGACAUCGCUUAUGUCAAAGAUCUCCGGACUGAGAAAAUUGUUACAACAAAAUUCCGUUGCUCACAGUUUGGAACACAUCAACAUUCUUUUCUGAAAAUCGGAUGGGCGAUGAUGAACGAGUGCUUCGAGAAACAAUGUCCUCAAGGUUUUGCCUUUCACCAAAAAUUUCUAAUUCAAACAGACUCGUCCGGGUCGUUCAGCUACAGUGUGGUUGGUGAUACGUCUGGGAUCCGUCACAAUUCAACAGCAUUUAUUGGCUGUGACAAAGGGGUGUGUUGCAGUUGUUUUAGUCCACCAGAUAACACAGAAGAUCUCUGUGGCACCGACUGUAAGGCAAGACUCGGUGCUAAUGUGGUCAAGAAUGUUUAUUCAUGGUUCUGGGUGAGGACAUCUUCUCCAAAGAAAGUUUGGAACAAAUGCAUGGAUUAUCAAGUUUCUGAAGAUGACGGAGACGAGGUCUGGUACAAGUUGGUUAGUCAAAACGUUGUCCCCAAGAGAGGUCGUUGUUCAACAAACGAGGCGCGUUUAAAUGAUGGAAUUAUAGUUAUUCCGGAUGACAGAAAUGUUCCCGAGGUCAGAGGAAUAUUAAAAUUUCAAGAAGAUAAUCAAAAACUUUAUGUAAGGUCAGAUAAUAGCUGGAAUAUGAUAGCAGAAGAAAAGAUUUUAAUUGAAGUCAAUGUUACCGUCACUAAACUUACAUCACGUUUGGAUAAGUUGAAUCGGACAGUGGGAAUAAAAGCGAGUUGCGCCAAUUUCUAUCAAACCGGAGCAAGAAAAGACGGUGUUUACACAAUAGAUCCUGAUGGCCAGGGACCGUUUCAGGUCAGUUGUGAUAUGAGCACAGACGGGGGUGGCUGGACCGUGUUCCAAAGAAGACAAGAUGGAAGUCAAGAUUUCGACCUUGGAUGGUCAGACUAUAAAGCAGGCUUUGGUGAUCUUAACGGCGAGUUCUGGUUGGGCCUUGAUAAAAUACAUCGUUUGUCCAAAUCUGCCCAAAAUGUUCUAAGAGUUGAUUUGAUGGAUUUCAUAGGCGCUGAACGUUACGCUAAAUAUGGAACGUUUAGUUCGGCUGAUGAAUCAGACAAAUACAGAUUGAAUAUUGGCAGUUAUUCAGGUAACGCAGGUGAUUCUCUGCGUUGGCACAAUCAACUACAGUUCACUACCAAAGAUAGUGACAAUGAUAAAGCCCCUAGUAGUAAUUGUGCUAUACACUACCGCGGUGGUUGGUGGUACCAUGCAUGUCAUAGUUGCUACCUCAAUGGCCUGUACCAGAUUGCAGGUCAGAAUCGUGGCAGUGAAAUAUUAUGGAGCGGCUGGCACCAUUAUCCUUUGAAAAAGACAGACAUAAAAAUUCGUCCAAACCAGUUCUAAGAAAAGGACGAGCUUUAGCAGGGAUAUAAAUAUCUGCCAAGAACAUCGAGUGUGUUGAUUUUUUAAUUGUAACAGGAUAAUUCAUGCGAAUCAAUUUGUGAUUGUUUACUAUCAUUCUAGUCGCAAAAAAUACUCUAUUGAUAUAAUAACGGUAUAAUAACAAACCUAAGUCAGUAAUAGUUACUAAGGAGUAAGGAUGCAAAAAUUCAGACCUUUUUACAUCAACUCGAUUAUCCGAUAUUCAAAGGGAAGAAUUUGGAAGAUUCUAUCGCAUUUAGAAUAAUAGCCUAUAUAGUCAUCUCAUCAUUUACCAGGUGGGUUAAGCCGAGUAAAAAAUCAUACUGUGGUACCGGGUUACUAUCGAAAAAGGUGAAAUUUUGUAGUUGUGACGGUAGAGAUUUUUAAUGUCU